GCUCAGAGAGUCACGCUGUACUUAGUAAUUUGUUUACUAUCGCUUUUUCUUCUUCAGUGCCUUGCAUUAUUUACUGUGGUAUUUAAUUUAAAGUCGCUUUUUGGGUCUCAAGUAAAAAAAAAAAAAUUCUUAUCUUUUUCUAUGUAAGACAAAGCGCGUGCAUUGUGAUUACAUGUGUUUGACUUUGAAGUGUAAAUACUAUAUUAAUCUGUAAGAAUAUAAGUUAUGCAUAAAGAACAUUUCAUCACUAGUAGAAACAUUUAUAGUCUUAUUAAGCUUAGCUGAUGCCUGCCUUUGGGUUGUGUUUCAAUUUGGCUCCCUCAGUUAAAAUGACUGCAAAUUUGGCCAGACUGUGUGCCACAUGCUUAAGUCAUAAGAAUAAUCUCAAUGUCACUUUAUUAGUUUCGACAAAGUGGUUUGGGACAGGUCCAAAAAGUCCAGAAGGAGAUGAUGAUGAUGGUGGUUCUGGAGCACCGGUGCCAUCUGGUCCAGAGCUGUCUCCGUUCUUAAGGCGAGCUUCUCGAUUUGGGAGGCGACCCUUGUCACCUUUAGAGAGGGUGAGUCAAAUGUUACCCCAGGAAUCAUUAAGUGAGGAGGUCUGGGAACUCAGGGGAAAUCAACCAAAUGAAGAAAAUGCAAAUACAGAAAUGAAGAAGCUCGUGGAAGAUGUAGAUGUUCAAGAACAAUCUAGACAUGUUGAUACUCCAGGUGAGAAAGAACUGGUGCACUCCCCUGUUCUGCCUGAGGAGCGUGUGAUGUGCUUUGGAGAAGUCCUGCUUGCAGAGUACCGCCGCAAACGAAGGCUGGAGUUACAGAAAAUGUUUCAGCUGGAGAAAGGAUCGAAGCUGGGGAGCAACUCUGGAUUUAUCGCUCAUGAUGCCAUCCAGGGCCACCAUGCCGGGACGGUUUUCCGCACCAGCCUGGGGCUCCCUAUGCUCAUCCGCAGACCCAGUCUCGAAGAGUUCACGCUGUUUAUGAAAAGAGGGCCUGCUAUUGCUUAUCCAAAAGAUGCCAGUGCCAUGAUGAUGAUGAUGGAUGUGAACCAGGGAGACUCGGUAUUGGAGUCAGGGUCUGGAUCCGGGGCCAUGAGUCUCUUCCUGUCUCGAGCAGUGGGUUCUAGUGGAAGUGUGCUGAGUGUCGAAGUAAGAGCGGACCACCACAGACGGGCGGUGUUAAAUUACGAGCGCUGGCGUUCGUCCUGGAAACUGCGGGCUGGAAACGAGUGGCCGGAAAACAUCCAAUUUCACCACGGAGAUCUCAUCGAUGCCGCCCCGUUGCUUGCUGGACGGAGCUUCAAUUCUGUGGCUCUGGAUAUGAUUAACCCUCACCUGGCUUUACCUACAGUCGUCCCUCAUCUUCAUACAGGAGGUGUGUGUGCCAUCUAUCAAGCCAAUAUUACGCAGAUCAUCGACGUAAUGGAAGGAUUGCGCUGCUCCACGCUUCCUCUGGUGUGUGAACGCAUCAUCGAGGUGCAGUACAGGGAUUGGCUGCUUGCGGCGUCGCUCAAAAAAGACGGCUCCUUCAACCAGAGGAAAAGAUCUCCAGGUGAAGAAAACGCAGAGAGCGAGAAUGACGAAUCAAACAAUGAAGGGAAAGAAGGGCACGCGAGUCCAUCACACUUCCCGUUUGGGAGCGUCCCGUACAUCGCUCGUCCGCAUCCUGAACAGAACGGACACACAGCAUUCCUUGUGAAAUUGAGGAAAAUAUCCAAAUAACCCGUGUACAACUUCAGCCAUCUUUCAUUAAGACCACUGAAGCAGGCUAAUAAUACGCUAAGGCCUAUGCUGGUGAAUGUUUGUUUUGUGCAAUAAAUAUGUUAAACCACA